UAGACUUGACGCAUGCAAAUCGAAACUAAAAGUAAGUUAAUUUCACCGAAAUCGAAAGUAUUGCCCAACUGCAGAAAGCGCGCAGACUGCACGUAAUAUAUAACCCCGCGAAUCGCUCGACAAAGGCAGCCGGGAUGUUCGAUAUUCUUUCUACAUUUCUGACUGUACGAAUUUUAUUUGCAGUUCUGAAAUCCGGAAUGGCUAGCGACGCAACGCCGACGGCUUCCAAUACCCUCGAGAAGCAGGCGAUGGUACAGACGAUAGCGGCCAUAGAGCUGUAUCAUGCACAACGCGAGGUGGCCAACUAUCUGGAGCUGGCCUAUCUGAACCUGGCGGAUCACCCUGAUGUCGCCAGAGAGGUUCGGAUGACGGCACAUGAGGCGCGGUCACAGCACCUGCUGACGUCGGGCUUGAUGAAAAAGCUCACAGUGACUGCUGGUCACAUAAUCAAGACCAUGAUUCCGAUGAUUUUAGACGCCGUAGAUUUACAGGAUCGAGAUAUCAUUAUUGACGCAUUUGGUCAGAUUAUCCAAAAUGCUGAGUCCAUGAAGAAGGAAUCAGAAGACACGAGGUCGAGCUACCUAACUCUCCAAACAGAGGUACAAAGGAAUAUGGCAUCCGUUAAUGACAGAAACAAACAUGUCGUCAAAGAAAGCGAGCGGCUCAAGCUAGAAAUGGAACGACAAGAACAGAUGGCCAGGGCUGCAUCACUGGCUCAGAAAGAACUUGAAGAAGAAAAGAAAAGGAUGGAAGAAGACUUAGAAACCUUGAAAGGACAGAGAGAUCGAAUGUUUCAAGUUGCAGAGGGUGCAGGUCGCGAUAUGUCAGUGGAUGACGACACAACUUUUCUGGGCGACAGCAUUCGCCCAAGCGCUGCAAUGGGCGGUGGCUUCGGAGUCGUGUUAGAGGUUGUCGGGAAGGCAGUAAACUUUUUCACUAGCAUGUUUAAAGGAGACAAGAAGAAAGACAGGUACAAAGAGCUAAUGAAGGGAUACCAAGCGGCAGAAGACAACGUGCACAGGGCACAGCAAGAACGCCGUGGUGUCGUAGAACGUAUGCAUGCGCAAAGGAAAGAAGCGCAUCAGCGUCUGGCAAAAAUGAAAGAAAUCAGCAUGCAUCAUGCUGGUCUUGGAAAUGUCGAAAGUCUCAGGGAGGCCUCGCUACAUCUCGGGGACGUUGACCGUCAGUUCACGAGGAUCAUUCAGUUCUGGGAGAACAUGGCUGCUACCCUUAAGUACUUGAAAGAGGAUGUAAGGUCCGGGGAAGUUUACUUGAAGAAAAUUGAAGACGAGAGAUACUCACAACGGUUCAAAAAUUCCAUCAGUAGGGCCGAAAAGGACUGGCAGUUCUUUGGCAAGAUAUGCAGCGACUACGUCCAGGAAAGUGACACUGAAAUCAUGCACUUGUACAACUUCCUGUCAUCGCCUAUCGAUCACAUGUCUAAUGCCGACAGAACAGCGAGGCAGACGGCUCUGAUAUGCUCUAUAGAGGCGGACAUCGACUCGGCGUUUGGGGAGGAACAUUAACGUUAUUUUCUUACCGUUGACCUAUCGAUUGUUUUGAAAAUUGUUUGCUUAUUUAAAAAAAACAAUUGGUAAUCAUGAUCGUACAUGAACACUUUUCAUUAUCUGUUUAGUAGUAUCGAAUGUUUUUAUUUCGUUGUUAUAUAAGGUUUAAGUGUGGUGAUUAUGAUGUCAAACAUGCCAUAUCAUUAUUUUUUUUAGUUGGUCGCAUAGCGACCAGCUAAUGUUGUUACUCAAAAUUUCAAGUCGGUUAGGCUUAUCUACGGAGAGCCUACUACCUGCCACAUCCGCGCGAGAAAGAGUUGUAUAAUUUAUUCAACAGGUUUGAGUUCUCCAACUAUAUUCAUUCACAAAUGGAAACAUUAUAUGAAUAUCGUAUUAAAUGUAAUAGUUUCGAACGGAGCUUAUACAGAAAAGAAUCGAUAAACAAUGAUUGUAUUACACAUGUCGCGGAAGAGAUAGUUUAUGAAUGAAUAUUAAAAAAGUCCACUUUCUGCUGCGUCUUCAUGACGUAGUAAUUUUGCUCAGCCCAUUCAUAAUCUGAUGCUAUUAAUAGAUGCGGCUGCUGAUAAAUAAGGGUGGGUCCAAUUGCACGGGUGAUAACAACGCAAUAGUAUAAGGUUACGCUUAUUAAUCUGAGGCUAUUUAGAGAUUCGGGAAAACAACGCAAUUGUAUAAGGUUACGCUUGUUUAUAUUCUCAAUUUAUAAAACGUUGAACAUGAGUUGAACAAUAACAUCAGGGAUACGAUAGACAACAACAAAAAUGCUUCAUAAACGCUAAAAUCGAAUAUAACAAACAAUUAAAUAUAACACGAAUGAUCUGUUUCGUAACUUCGUUCAUGCUUCUACAGCGGGGAUUUCUGGGAUCUUUUUGUUCUCAACAGAUAGCGGCGAUCUUUUGUAUUUACGGGUGCUAACAACGCAAUAGUAGAAGGUUAAGCUUGUUUAUAUUCACACUUCUCAAUUUAUAAAACGUUGGACAUGAGUUCACCAAUUACUACAGGUAAACUAUAGACAACCUCAAAAAUGCUUUAUAAUCGCUAAAACCGAAAACGACUAAAUAGAACAAGAAAUAUCUUUGUAAAAUGUAGUCGGCGUAAACGCUGACUUUGAAAUAAAGUUUGCAAUUUACUUUUCUAAAUAAAUAAAUAAAAUGAAAACAAAAGUUAA